AUGCACUUCAGCACCAUCGUCUCUGCUUUUGCUCUCGCUGGCACCGCUCUGGCGGGCAUCAACACUACACGCGAGUAUGAGCUUCGUACUUUGUUGAAGCCUGGCCAAGAGGGCAAAGAAAGAUUCAACGAUCUCUGGCUUGUCGCCUCUCACACUGGAGCAGGCUUGAACGAUGGCGUUUUCUACUCCAACAGAUCAUACGCCGCCAAAGGCUUCGAAAAUGCCACCAACAUCACACAGAGUGAUGGCCAGCCUUUCUUCAACCAGCUGUUCGAUCUUGGUGGUACCUUACCUUAUGAUCUUUACGUUCAGGACGUCAACUUCUACGCUGCCUGGGAACCCGUCCGCAUCGAUGGAGGUUCAGGUACUGGCGGUUUCUACAUGAACUCCAGUGGCCUUCAGUGGAACUCGGCCCCAAGUGGACCCGCUGGUACAGACCAGUUCGGAGGAUGGCUUGCUUGUGAAUGGUGGCACGGUGUCCCACAGCUGUUUGCCAAGUGGAACUACUAUGACUACGAGAACCCCUCGAGCUGUGCUGAUAUCGACCUUGUUCCUGUCUAUAUCUAG